AUCACUUCGGAGAUGCUGCCUCUUUUUUUCUUGCCUAGUUGCAUGUCAUGCUGGUGCAGGUAGUGGAGAGUCUGUCCGUGCGUGUGCGUGUAUAUGUGCGCGGCUGUGUGUGCGCGCAGUAAGGAAGGCGAGAGAGGCGGGAUUUUGCGCCUUUCCAGACUGCGACGAGCGGACCUGCACUUUGCGCCUCCUCCUCCCGAGUGGAUUUGAUGGAUGUUUAACGAACGGAUGGGAUGCCAGUUUAUAGCAUCGUCGCAAAAUUCCCUGACACGUCCGGUGAUUCCAUACAACUGGCAGCAGAAGGUGAAGUACUGACCAUGACCGACAACAACACGCCCAAGUCUGCCAAAAAACCUCGCUGGACCUCCCUGGAGGUCGCCCUCAUCGCAGUGGUUUCUUUGCUCUUCAUCAUCGUCGUGGCUCUCGUCAUUCUCUUUGCCACUCAGCAGACUGUCGAAAUCUGCACUACAGCUGACUGCACUCGGUCGGCGGCUCGGCUGAUUGAGAACAUGGACGCCGCCGUGGACCCUUGCGACAACUUCUACCAAUACGCCUGCGGGGGAUGGCUGAAAAAAAACAUUAUCCCCGAGACCAGCUCGAGAUACAGCACCUUUGGCAUCCUGCAAGAUGAAUUGGCGGUCGUUCUCAAAGGUGUUCUUGAAAAAAAUGUGGAGGAUGAAGCGGAAGCUCUCAGCAAGGCAAAGACCCUCUACAAGUCCUGCACCAAUGACAGUCUAACGGAGCAAAAGGGAGGUAGUCCUUUGUUCAUGACGCUGCCUGAUGUCUUUGAGUGGCCCAUGGCUGCGGACAAUUGGGACUCCGACUAUGGUAAAACAUGGCGGGUGGAGGAUGUCAUAGCUAAGUUGAAUGUGAAAUAUCAAAAUAUUCUCCUGGUGUCCAUGUACGUCGACGUUGAUGAACGGGACUCCAAAUCACACAUCAUUCAUUUUGAGCAGCAGCACAGUCUGGGCGUCUGGUCCAAAAGUGACCAUGCUUGUAAUGGAUCGAACGAAGAAGCGUGCCGGCUCUACGAGCUCUUUGCGAUUGACCUGGUGAAGCUGAUCCGGACGGACCGAGGUCUGUCCGUCAACGAGACGCUGAUCAGAGAGGAAGUGGCGCGGGUAAUGGAGCUGGAGCGGGGCAUUGCCGAGGCUAACGAUUCCCCGAGUGUCUCUAACGAUCGAGAGUUGCGUUAUAACCGGAUGGAACUUGGAGAUCUCAACGCCAAUUUCACCCUCGAAGUGGAAUCAAGGCCAUUCAACUGGAGUUAUUUCACCGCCCAGAUAAUGAAUACAGUCAACAUCACCGUCACAGACACAGAGGAGGUGAUAAACUUGAGCCCCAACUAUUUCAAAAAGCUCAACCCACUCCUGGCCAAAUAUUCAAAGAGGGACGUGCAGAACUACUUGAUGUGGCGUUUCGCUUCAGGGAUGGUGGAUCACCUGAGCAAAGCGUACAGGGAUACGGCCAAAGCCUUCAAAAAAGCGAUGCACGGCGCGACGGCGGAGGAACCGGUGUGGCGUCAGUGCGCUGUGUUUGUCAGCAGUGCCAUGUACAAUGCCGUCGGGCGCCUCUACGUGCAGGAGGCCUUCUCUGAUAACAGCAAAAAGAUGAUGGAGGAGAUGAUUAAAGAUAUCCGAGAUGUCUUUAUCAGUAACCUCAAGGAACUGACCUGGAUGGAUGCAGUCACCAAAAAAGCAGCAGAGGAAAAGGUUCGCGCUAUCCGGGAACAAAUCGGCUACUCUGACAACAUCAUGGACGAUAACUACCUCAACGACGAGUACAAAGACCUCAACUACAGCGUAGACGAGUUCUUUGAAAACAUCGUGCACACCACGGCCUACAACAAGAAGAAAAUUCUGCAGAAACUCAGAGUGCAAGUCAACAAAGAUGAGUGGGUGUCAGGAGCAGCUGUCAUUAACGCCUUCUACUCGUGGAGAAAAAACAUCAUAAUAUUCCCCGCCGGUAUCCUGCAGCCGCCGUUCUUCAGUAAAGGCCAGGCCAAAUCUCUCAACUACGGAGGAAUCGGCAUGGUCAUCGGCCACGAGGUCAUGCACGGUUUUGACAACAUCGGCCGUAAAUACGAUAAAGACGGCGACCUGAAAGACUGGUGGACGGAGGACUCGGCUCAAAGGUUCUUGGAGCUCUCAGCGUGCAUCGUGGAGCAGUACGCCAACUUCUCUUGGGACCUGGCCAACGGACUCAACCUAAAAGGUAACAACACCCUGGGGGAGAACAUUGCUGAUAACGGAGGAGUACGACAGGCCUAUCAGGCCUAUCAGAACUACGUGAAGAAACACGGUGAGGAACCACGGCUGCCAGGGCUCGACCUUAAUCACGAUCAACUCUUCUUCCUCAACUUUGCUCAGGUGUGGUGUGGAACGCGGCGACGGGAAGACGCUUUGAGUUCCAUCCAAGUCGAUCAGCACAGUCCGGGAAAAUUCAGGGUGCUGGGGUCCCUCCAGAACUUCCCAGAGUUCGCCAAGGUGUACGGCUGCAACCAAAGCAGCUACAUGGUAUCGGACAAGGUGUGCCGCGUGUGGUGAUCCGCGACGGGCCCGUGUGGACUUCCGCGUACCGUCGGUCCUCGGACUUCACGUAGGAAGUGGAAUCUCCUCCAUCUGGCCGAGGCGGGGCCGCCGUACCGUACGCGCACUUCCUCGGAGAACAGCAACGUUGACUGUAAAGCUCCCCAAACAGAUGGAACACCGUCACCUCUGUGUUUCAUCAAAUGAUCCUAACUGGAUACAGCCAAUAAUAAGUCUUUGUUUUAUUGUUUUUCUUUUUUUUUUCAUGUUCUGUACUGCACAAGGGUUAAUGUACUCCAACCCACUGGCUUAUAAAUACACCAAACGCCCACAGAAGAGGGCUGAAACCACUGUGCUGUUAUGUAGGACUGUCUUCAGCCUUCAUCUUAUCUCUCCAUACGUCCCGCUGAGCUAAAUGAUUACAGAUCAGGCAAUUAUUUUUUGCAACAAACAUGUUCGUUGUGAUUUACUCUCACUGAAUUGUUUCCUGCAGGUCUGAUGUUUAUUCCGUCAAGUACUUUCACUUCGUUCUUUUUUUAGAUCCUCUUCGAGAUGACAAUCAACACGCUCGGUUCCAUUUGUGGCUUUGUCACGGCUGCCUGUUUGUUUGUCACGCCAAUCGCAAUGCCUUACAUGACCUGUGGUGCCGCUCUUAGGGAUUGAUCAGCGGUUACGUUCUAAAGUUACGUACUAAACUAGAGGGAGGGUUAGGGCUGUGGUUUAGAGAUAGGACAUUUGUGGUCAGGGUUCGGGAUUGUGGUUUGGCAGUUCGGCUCGGUGGUUGGAGUGAGUCACUUGAUUUUGAGGAAUUCGCUGCAGGGGUUAAAUUAGGGUUAGCGGUUAGGGUUAUUACGUUUUAUGACAUUCGGUGUAUUUGUGUAUGCAGAAGAGUGUAAGGAAAUUUGCGCAAUGGGUUGGCCAAGUCCGGUUUUAAGGAACCGCUGUCCUGGCUGUUUUCCAGGUCGCCCUACUGCAGCACACCCGAUUCAAAUAAUCACCUCAUCAGCAAGCUGGGUAGAACCUUAAUAAUGAUCCGGAUGGUUUGAAUCAGGCGUGUGAAGAAGGGAAACUUGCCUACCCAUAUCUCUUUCAUCAUAUGGAACAUGGUACUAAACUUUAAGAGCAUUUGCUAUUUUUCAAGUUGAAAAAAGCUCCUCGGUUUGUUUUUGGGGGGUUGUUGUUGCCUCGGUCACAAUAUUAGGUACACUCGCACAGUGUAAGAGGAUCGCGUAUGAGCUGACAGAGCAUUAUAAUCUUUGUAAAACUUGUGUCUGACUUUGUAGGGGUGGCAAAUAUUUUAAAAAAAAGUGGGGGAGCUUUAUUUUGUACUUUGGAGGGGGCAAAAAUUAGAAUCCUGUAUUUGUUGGAUUUUCAGUCUGUGUGUCCGUUGGCAUCGCUUGUAAGGUGCAUGCCGUUAUUUGUGGAAGGUUAUGCUCUUGAAGGACUUUUCUUAUUCACAUGUAACUGCAGGCGGCAAUAAAAAAAGUCCUUUGCCUUUUGUAUAGAAAUCAUUCUCGGCAUCUCGCUGUUUUCCUAUUAUCCGUUCACAAUCGUUUGUGUCAAUCAUUCGCUCGGGCUUUCUUUGGCUCGGCCGCGCCUUAGCCAUAGAAAGACAAAUAUACCUCACUUGCCUGUAUUUUGAUAUUUUAUCGUAAGAUAAUCAUCUUGAAAAGCAUUUUCUUCCCCUUUCAAAAUAAAACAUUUGGAUGACUGCG